UUCUUCCCUCUCUCCGAGUCUCCGUUCCCUUUCUUCACCUAUACGAAAGAAAUGUUGUUGAAGCUAUGGGGCUGGUAUCGCAACUGCCUAACCUCUCAUCCGUUGAAGACCCAGGUCAUCAGCUCCGGUUUCCUUUGGGGCGCCGGCGAUAUCGGUGCUCAAUACGUCACUCACUCCACUGCUAUUAAACGUCUUCAGUGUACCCAGGAUAAAGAGGCUGAAUUCAGAAUAAAUUGGAAGCGUGUAGCUACUACCAGUGCAUUUGGCCUCGGAUUUGUUGGUCCAGUUGGCCACUUCUGGUACGAGUACUUGGACAAGUUUAUCAGGUUGAGACUUAAACUAGCACCAAAAUCAGCUCGGUUUGUUGCUGCUAAAGUGGCAGCUGAUGGAAUAAUCUUUGGGCCCUUGGAUCUGCUAGUGUUCUUCACCUACAUUGGAUUUUCUACAGGGAAGAGUGCUGCUCAAGUGAAAGAAGACGUGAAGAGGGACUUCCUUCCGUCGUUAGUCUUGGAAGGCGGUAUUUGGCCACUGGUUCAGGUGGCUAACUUCAGAUAUGUACCAGUACAGUACCAACUUCUCUAUGUCAAUUUCUUUUGCUUGAUAGACAGUGCUUUCUUGUCAUGGGUCGACCAACAAAAAGAUGCUCCAUGGAAACAAUGGUUCAAAUCGUUCCAGAUUUUGAAAGAGAGAGGAGGGCAAGGUGGAUUAUGAUAAUGAUGACUAUGUUCUCCUCCCUUAUUGUCAUUUUUUACUAUGUUCCUCUUUGAAUCUCUCUCUUCACUGUAACAUGAGAAGAGUUGGCAGGAUAGGUUUUUUUUUUAAGAUUGGAUUUGGGAAUUGAAUUAGCUGCUGCUGCUGUAUGAAUUUUGUAUCAACCGUAAUAAUUCAUUCCCGAGCUUUAAUGCAAGAAUCUGAAUGAAUCCUGUGAGUUGACAGAUUAAACUAUGUUGUUUCUUACUGCAUAAUGUGGAAUACAGUUUGUUCAUGGUUGGAAUUGUGCUUCCACCUUUCUAUUUAUUCUUUCUAGUCUAAAGAUGUACAAAUGAGUAACAACAAACACCAAAAUUGAAGGCCUCUAUUAUACAUAAGCUCUUAGCUAAGGCACAUAAACUACAGAAACGAAGAGUGACCUCCCCCUAGUGGCAAUCUUGGCCUGAAUGUGCAGGACACAAUCAGACAAGGGCAGCACUGGAAUCCAAUGCUCUGUAUAGUCAGCAGGAUUCCUUCAUGAUUUACUAAUACAGGCAGGCUUCUUCUGGCAGCAACUGGGAUGGACUUCAAAGAUUGAAGAGAUUUUAUAGCCGAUAACUGCAUGUAUUCUAAACUCUGUUUUCUCUUUCCUGCUAUCUGCUCUACUUCACUGUCUGCAUCAGUUAUUUGUGGCACCAAAUCAUGCAAAUUUUUACACCUGGCCAAUUUGGCCAGAUAGAGCCAAUCAGACUCGGCCAUAUGGCGUACUUCAGCAGCUUUUCGAUGAUCAAUUACCAAAGAUGAGCAGUAUCUGAGCGGUCUUUCAUUCCAAGUAACCAUGAAUCUGUCCAUGAAGUAACAUGCUUUGCCUGGGUGGAGUAGCUCACUUUCAGAUGCUGAGGUGCUGGGAUUUUCUAUGAUCUCUUGCUCCAAGUGUACCUUAUUCUCAGGCUUGAAAUACUUUGUUUCAUUCCUCUCCAGUAAGGUUAUGUUGUUAUGAGUUGACUCGCUGAUGAUACCGAUUCUUUUCGCUUCUGCUAACACUGAUUGGCAUGUCAUGUUCAAGAACUUCACAUCUAAUACAUCUGGUACAAACUGAUCCACAUAAGACUUCCCUUCGGCUAUAAUUUCAUCCAACAUGCUAGGAUACUGCUUCUGUUCUCUAUCAAAGUCUGAGUUAUUCACUUCAAUUGUUGAAGGCAGAGGGCAAUUGACAGAGCAGCAAACUAAGAGUUUCGUCCCCCUAGAACCAGGAGAAGGGCAGAGAUAACAUCCAGCUACAGUAAAAGACGUCUGCAAGACCAACGCAAUAAACUUUGAAAGGCACAUAUCUGGAACUUUGGAUGGACUAAG